AUGUCUGUCACUCCCAUUCCUUGGCUCAAAAUGAGUAGUGUCCCAACACCACGCAAACCGGCUGCUGACUACUUUCAUCGGUUCAGCUCUUAUCCACCUCCCUGCCAUUUCGUUGCCUGCCAAGCUGCACACUCUGAAUGUAAUUAUCAUUCCCUUGUCUUUGAUAAACUGGGCGCAUCUCCCCUACCUUCCCUACCCCUCUCCUCUCAGCUGACCUUCACUCACCUCCACACUCGUCUGAAAUAA